CUGUCAAUUAUAGUCUAGAAAUAACAAUGAUUAGUUAUUAAUUUGCGAAUAUAUUUUCUUCUGCUCUUUCGAAGGGAAUUCUUUCCGAUGGAAAACGAGUGGCAAUAAAGGUGUUGAGCAAAGAAAGUCGUCAAGGCGAAAAACAGUGGAUGAACGAGCUGAGGACUCUAAGCGCCAUCGGAACAUCAUGGAGCUGGUGGGAUAUUGCAUUGAAGGCGGUAUGAUGUUAGUCUAUGAUUAUGUCCCACGAAACCUGUCAAACGUCAUUUUUGGUGAGCAGCCAGUGCAGUUCUUCGAUUGGCCAACAAGACAGAAGAUUAUAUUGGACAUAAUAAGGGGACUCGCAUAUCUUCAUGAGGGUGUACAAGUCUGCAUAUUGCAUAAUUACAUUAAACCCAAUAACAUUCUUCUAGAUGAGAACUUAAACGGCAAGAUAUGUGAUUUUGGUCUUGGUAGAAUACUGGAACCAGAUUGCGCCCAAUAUGUGAACAAGGAGCUUCCUACAAAUUACGAGAUGUUCUUAAGAGACGCAACUGAAUCUGAUACCACUACAUAUAGGACUGUGGCUGGAACACCGGGUUACCUGGAUCCUGAGUAUUUUAGAUCCGGUCGUGCGAGUGUGGAAUCCGACAUUUACAGCUUUGGAGUGACGCUGUUAAAUAUCGUAUCUGGCAAAAGAGCAACUGAAUACGUAGAUGUCCGGAUGCUCACCCAGCACGCAAGAACUAUACAUCACUACAACGGUAGAUUGUACGGGUUUUAACAAACGAAUAUAACGAUUUAAUUUACGGUUUGGUGUGUGAAUGUAGGCGUGUAGGUUACAUGAAGAGGAUCGGAUUCAUGACCUAAUAGACCCUCGAUUACUCAAAAAUGAUGGUUUAAUUAAUUCAAGCAGCAUAUCAAGAACAAUAAUAACAGCUCUCUGGUGCACUCAUAAUGAAUGCAAGGCACGCCCAUCAGCAUCAGGAGUAUUAAUGAUGCUUUUAUCAGAAGAAAAAAUUUCACUUCCCACCCGGACAGUUGCAGAAAAAGUAGUUUCAGUACCCGAUUUGAAUUUCAACCGUAGUCAAGCAACAAUGCUGAAUGACAAGUAUUUGGAAUCAAGUUACGUAAGAGAUUCCAAUUCCCACCCAAGCAGAUAUCCGGAUUUGAGUUACGUGAGAGACUGGAGUUUUCACACAGAUAUGCUGAGUGGGGAGAGUAGUGAAUAUUGAAGAGCUAGACUCAGAAAAGCUUACCUACAUGUUUUUAUAAAAUCAGAAUAGUACUGUGUUUCAUUUCACUUUGGGUUUGAUUUGUAAUUUGGAAAUUUAAUGAAUGUAUUGUUGUAUAA